AUGUCUCAAUUUGAGACUCCGACUGAAACGAAGCAUCACGUUGUUUUUCUGGAGGCUGCCAAUGCACCUUUUCCAACCUUCAGUUUCCCUCACACGUCCCGUCGACACGCCCACACACAGCCGCACGAAGUUGCAGCGCGCAUCAAGGACGCCACCAUUUUGGUUGUGGGUGUGAUUGCGAUAACUGCCGAACAUCUCGGCCAGGCACCGCUCUUGCAGUGCAUGGCCAUCACCGCGACGGGGUGUGAAUGGCUAGACCGGGCGGCGUUUGCGAAGAGGGGCAUCACCGUGGUAAACUGUCCUCAAAGCAAUGUCGAGGCGGUCGGCGAGCACUUCCUCGCUCUGUAUUUCUCGGCGCGGAAGAAAGUCGUCCAAGUGCACAAUGCGAUCACGGGGCCGGACAGACAAUGGGUUCAAGACGGCUCUCUCGUGCCGCUGUGGAAGCAAGGGCCUCCUCUUAGUUGUCAGCAAGAGACGUUGGGUAUUAUUGGAUACGGAGCGCUCGGCCGCAAUAUCGAGAGUCUGGCGAAGAGCGUCGGCUUCGGCCGGGUCUUGAUUGGAGAGCGGAAAGGCGAAAGCAAAGCAAGAGACGGGAGGGUGUCAUUCGAAGACGUGAUUAGACUUGCGACGACGAUUGUGGUCUGUUGCCCAAAGGAGCCUGAAACACUAGGUCUGAUUUCCGAGUUAGAAUUCAACGCCAUGAAGCGAGAGGCGUUGCUUCUAAAUUUAUCGCGAGGAGGAGUAGUGUGCGAGCAAGCACUAGCCACCGCUCUAAAGAAGGGGCAAAUCUUUGGUGCUGCGACCGAUGUGCUCGAGACGGAGCCCGGCGGUGUUGGAACUACGCCCCUGAUGCCAGAUAUCGCAAAUGGGGAAGAGCCGGUGCCCAACCUGACGAUAAGCAGCCAUCUGGCGUGGUUUUCUCAAAAGACGGUUGAGAACCUGGACCGGUUGCUGAAGCUUGGGAUCGAGGGGUUUGUGUUGGACACGCUACUAGAUCCGUCGUCGAAGCCAACCGUUAUGGUACAUAAAGGGGAGAUUUUUAGAUGA